AUGAAGUUCUCCACCUUCCUCGUCCACAUCGCCGAGGCUUUGCGGGAAGAGAAGGGUCCUGAGUUGGCCUACUUGCUCAAACCUACCAGCGACCACGGAAAACAGCUCGUAAAAGAGUUUAGAAACCCAACGCGUCAAUCGCUCGCUUUCUAUGAGGGAAGUAUGGAAAGCCCAUGGGACGAAAUCGCCAUUCAGUAUGUAUUGGUAGUGAACCACUGUGCAAAGAAGAGAACCACAGAGGCAUUUAAGGAGGAGUGCACCCUCGUAUCCCUAUUUCUUCGAUACUUUUCUCAGAACAGUGGAUGGACUUUGCCUGCGCUAUUCUCUAUAUUGAGAGACCUACGGGACCUUGCAUUCGAUGCUGACUUGGACGCAAGUGCGAGGGGUCAAGAAGGGACUGUAAGCAUGGAAGAGGCUGCGCGUACUAUUAGCAAAGCGUUCUCAGCUUGCGUAACUGACAGACAAUCGCCAUAUCAAGAAUCCCGCAAGUGGGGCGUGUAUUAUGUGGUAGGGCUAAUUCUGAAAUGCUAUUUCCGGGUGAAACGAAUAUCGCUGUCAAAAAACAUCUUGCGCGCCAUCGACGCAAACCCCGAUAUCCCGCCAUUAAUGCAGUAUCCUCGAUCACAUCAAGUUACAUACAGGUAUUAUCUCGGCAUGCUCAGCUUUUUGAACGAAGACUUUGCAAAGUCUGAGCAGGAGCUGACCCUCGCAUUUUACAAUUGCUAUACACAAGCUAACAACAAUCAGGAGCGAAUACUCACGUACCUGAUUCCUCUACGCAUCUUACGCGGACAUCUCCCAUCACGGGAUAUGCUUGACCGUUUCCCAGUACUUGACGACCUCUUCUCACCUUUCAUCUCGGCAAUGCGGACAGGGGAUAUUAGGGCAUAUGACGUCGCGCUAGAAACAUUUGAACGACGACUAGUUGAUUUGAAUCUCUGGUUGGCCCUUGAGCGAGCGCGUGAGCUCUGUCUUAGGGGGCUGUUCCGGCGCGUAUGGAUAGCAUCCGAAAGGGGGACGCGUAUACCAGUGUCCUUGUUUCACUCGUCGCUGCAGAUUGCGGGCAUGGAUGUGCCACAGGAGGAGGCCGAGUGCUACGUGGCGAACAUGAUCUAUAAAGGGUUCAUGAGGGGUUAUAUCUCUCAUGAAAAGCAGAUGGUCGUCCUGGCAAAUACAAAUGCAUUCCCCAGACUGGCAGAUCGACCGUCGCCGUAUGCACUGUUAUAUUAG